GAAUUAAAGCCCAAUAAAUAGGCCCACGAACUAAAACCCCAAUUCCAUCUUUGAAUCUCAGCUCGAAACUUCCAUUUUCGAAUCGAUCGUUGCCGCCGUGAAAUUCUCGAUUACCGGAGAAGAAAUAGCGAGCCAGUGUCCAUGGAGGAGGCACCACCAGCCCCCGCGCCGGCCUCUGCUGCCGCCGGUCCGGAAACUGCUGCGAAUCAGACGAUUUACAUUAAUAAUCUCAACGAGAAAAUUAAGCUCGACGAAUUGAAGAAAUCGCUGCACGCUGUGUUUUCGCAGUUCGGGAAAAUACUGGAGGUAUUGGCGUUCAAAACCCUAAAGCAUAAGGGGCAAGCAUGGGUUGUUUUUGACGAGGUCUCUUCCGCCUCCAAUGCGCUUCGUCAAAUGCAGGGGUUUCCGUUCUACGACAAGCCAAUGCGGAUACAAUAUGCGAAGUCAAAGUCCGAUGUCAUAGCAAAGGCAGAUGGUACUUUUGUACCUCGAGAAAAAAGAAAGAAGCAUGACGACAGAGGAAGAAAGAAGAAGGAUCAGCAUGAUUCGAACCAAGCAGCAGCGGGUCUCAAUUCCGCAUAUGCUGGUUCUUAUGGUUCAGCCCCUCCUCUAUCCCAGAUCCCAUUUAUGGGUGCUAGAUCUGCUCCAGAGGCUCCUGCUCCUCCAAAUAACAUCUUGUUCAUUCAAAACCUUCCCCACCAAACAACUUCAAUGAUGCUGCAAAUGCUCUUCAGUCAGUGUCCUGGAUUUAAGGAAGUUAGGAUGAUUGAAGCUAAGCCUGGAAUUGCUUUCGUAGAAUACGAAAACGAGAUGCAGUCAACGGUUGCAAUGCAGGGGCUUCAGGGAUUUAAGAUAACUGAUGACCAUCCUAUGUUGGUUACCUAUGCAAAGAAAUAGAUCAAGUCGUCGACGAUUGGUUGUUUUUUCACUCAUAUUGAGCCAGGCCGAGGUCCUAGUGUACCAGUGUAAUCGUAGUGUAAUUACUUGGUAGAUUACUACUUUCAGUUUGAUACUUUCUUCGCAGUCUUCAAUUAUGAACUCGGAUGUUUUCUAUUUUUUUAAAGCCUAAUUCUAUCUACUUGGUGUUUGCUCUGUAUGUAACUUCUUGCAGAUGAUUGGCCAACUAUCAUUAUGCUAGUGACAGGUCUUGUUGUAUACCAUUAUAAGGAGUGAAUUUACUAUGCAAAAUGUAACUUUGAUAUCAUUUUGCUAGUUUCAAA